AUGAAAACCGAACAAGAAAAAAAAGAUAUAAAAAUGAAAUACGCAAAUUAUUUCCAAUUGAAUGAAGAUGCUAAACAAUGGAUAUAUAACAAAUUAGAUAAGAAUGAAAUAUUUUCUAUAAAAGGACAAUAUGAAUCACUUGUUAAGACUUAUGAAGAUAGAAAAAAGGAUGUUAGUAAUAAGUAUAAUGUAAAUAAAUAUUUAAAUUUUAUAAAUAGUUUUUUUUUAUUAUGUCUUAUAAUGUUGGACUUAUUUAUUAACAUAUUUAAAGUUACUAUAGAGAAUCUAAAAUAUUUUUUAAAAAAUCCUGUAUAUUUUAUAUAUACCUGCAAAGUUUUUAUAAAAAGUACUACAUCAAAUUUAUUCAAAUUUUUAGAAUUAUAUAAACACGUCAUUCUAAAAACAUUCUUAUUUUUAUUAAAGGAAAAAAAGAAAAUAGCCAAAGAAAUAAAAGACCUCUUUACUUUUUGUUUUAAAGUUUUAUAUUUUUAUGUUUAUAAAUAUAUUCAAUCACUUUAUCAAUAUGUAUAUAUUAAAUACUGUGAAUUAUUUAAACCCAGCAAAAACUUCAAGGUCUCAUUUACAUAA